UCACCUGCACGUUUUUUACUUCCGUGUGUGCCCAGGGGGAGGAACUGCUUUGUUUAUUAAAAGUCCAUCCCAACAGUGUCCAAACUGGGGCUGGGCCAAAAUACUACUGGUUCCUGAAUUGCUAGCCAAUCAUGGGCCAGAUGUCUACUAUAAGUAAAGAUGCAGGGGUUUUCGAAAAAGAAAGUUCUUGUGUUUUUAUCAUUGCAUCUUUGGACCAGUAGUUGGGCAUCAUGAAGGUCGCAUCUUUCAACAUUCAAAAAUUUGGGAAAACAAAACUAUCGGAUCCGUUAGUGCGGAAAACCCUGAUUAAGAUAGUGUCACGCUAUGACAUCGUAGUGAUUCUGGAGGUGGUGGAUUCGAAGGGAGAUGCUGUAGAUGACUUUCUCAAAGAGCUGAACAAGUCUAACAAGACGCAUCAUUACACCUUAGAGAUAAGCACACGCCUGGGACGAGGAAAUUACAAAGAACAGUUUAUGUUCCUUUACAGGGACGACCUGGUAGAUUUGGUUGGUUCGUACCAAUACGAAGACAAUCAGCCUGGAGACGAGGAUGCUUUUGCCAGAGAACCAUAUGUCCUGCGAUUCACAUGUCACAAAACAGUGCUAAAGGAUUUGGUGCUGAUUCCCGUUCACACGAAGCCUGAGGAUUCAGUGAAGGAACUGGAUGAACUGUACGAUGUGUUUCAAAAUGUCAAGGAGAAAUGGAAGACGGAUAACAUCAUGAUUCUGGGGGACUUCAAUGCAGAUGGAAGUUACGUGUCUAAUAAAAACAUGAAAAAGAUCAGAAUCCGGAGCGACAAGAACUUUCAUUGGCUGAUCACUGAUGAUGUGGACACCACAGCCAACACUUCUAAUGACAACACUUACGACCGGAUCGUGGUAUAUGGAGACGAUAUGUUGGAUGCUGUGGUUCCAGGUUCUGCAGUACCAUUUAACUUCCAGAAGGCUUUCAAGCUAACAAAUGAGAAUGCACUGAAAGUGAGUGAUCACUACCCAGUAGAGGUGGAACUGAAAGAGGAAGCCCCACGGCCAAAACGCAAGCGUACAUGAUAAACUACAAACUUUGGAGAAAUAGACUGAACUCUUCUCGAGAUGUGACUGUGGAGAUCCAGAUUUACAGCUGAAACAGUUUAAAGAACAUCUCAGUGAUUGCUUACAAGAGACCACUUUUUAACUUGAAUAAAC